UCUGUGGAUAACAAAGGUGGCAAAUGAGAGAGAAGGGACAGUAUGAAGUAGAAUGGAGGAAGGCGUGAAGAGAUGGGUGGUAGACAUAUCAAAGUGGGACCCAGAACCCCAUGACCUUUCCUCCGCUCUCUCCCUCCUCCCUCCGCACGAACACUCCUCCGUCACCAGGUUUUUUAAAAUGGAAGAUCAGAAACGUGCACUUGUCAGCCGAAUGCUUCAGUAUGCUCUUGUUCAUGAUGUCCUCAAAAUCCCCUUUCCCCAAAUCAUCAUUAAUAGAACACCAGAAGGCAAACCAUACUUGGAUUAUGAUAAAUCUGGUAUGAAAUUCCCGAAUUUUAAUUUCAAUGUAUCUCAUCACGGUGACUAUGUGGCCAUAGCAUCUGAACCUGUAUGCCUUGUGGGGAUAGACAUCGUCUCAUAUGCUAUACCACAGGGAGAAACAAUUACAGAAUUUAUUCAAUUCUUCACAUCAUACUUUUCAAGUGUGGAAUGGUUUAACAUAGUCAAUGCUGGCACUUCUGAUGAUGUCUUAAUUGAAUUUUACAGGUAUUGGAGCCUUAAAGAAGCUUAUGUUAAAGCUGUAGGGAGUGGACUGACUGAAGAGUUGAAUAAAGUGGAGUUUUCGCACACGAACUGGACUAACAUAUCAGCUAAAAUGGAUGGGAAGGUUAUGACUGAGUGGAGAUUCUGGCUGUUUGAACUUGGAGAAAGACAUUGUAUCUCAAUUGCACGAGGUCACCCAAUAUCAGCUUCGAUCAGUUACAAAUCAACGUUGAAGAAAGUGGAUUUUACUGAAGAUGAAUAUAAUCUUGGCCUUCAUCUUCCAAAUGUUGACUUUGUUAAACUAGGUGUACAACAACUUGUUUCAGUUUUACAGAAAGCAUUUUAUUGUAAGCAUGGAGGUUAGUUGGUAAUGUGUAAAUCUUUAGAAACGAAGGUUUGUACAAAUCAAUGAAAAUAUUGUUAGGAGAUAAGAA